AAAAAAAGUGGUGGCAGGUCGUCACAGACACAUUUCCUGAAGAAAAAAAUGAAAACGAAGAGAGCUGAGAAAAUGACAUGUUUCGUUAAUUCUUGCAGCUGAAUGAUUGUAAUGACUCCGACCCAUGUUUCAAAAUCGUUCCUUGAAAUUCUUGGCUUCUGUUUCUCCUUCAAUUGAUCUCUUUUCUCAGCCACCACCAACUUCCGUGACCCAAAGCACCACAAGGCAACAGCAAUAGAUGAGUGUUGUUCUUUGUCAAAUCCUGUGACCUUCAAGUGACAAUAACCGUAAGGAAGCUUGGAGGUACUUCUAGUCUUUAGAAGGAAACAAGUAUUAAUGUUUAUACUAUAAUUGUUGUGGGCAUUGGUUAUUUAAUUUGGAUAUGAUGGAGUUCUGUGCUGGAAGUUCCCAUUCAAACGGGAAACAAACUUUGAAGCAUUCUAAAUCUGCAGAUGAAGUGAAAAGAUCCAGUGAAAAGGUCCACAGAAAUUCUCAUUCCAAUGGAAAGCAAAAUUUGAAACAAACUUCAACUUUUGUUAAUCAUGCUGCAAUUGCUUGGCAUGAGGAUAGAAGAAAAUGGGUUGGUGAUAAAUCUCAACAUCCACCAAGAAUAGCCAAGGAUCCUAUUAUUAGCUGGUCAACGUCAUAUGAAGAGCUGCUUUCAACUUACGAACCUUUUGCAGAGCCAAUACCGUUACCUGAGAUGGUAGAUUUCUUAGUUGAUAUUUGGCAUGAUGAUGAAGCCUUCUUUGACUAAAUUGAUGAAAGUUUUAGUUAAAUGGCAACUGAAACAAGAACUGUGUAAAGCCUUUAAUCUGCAAUGACCUUCAUUGCUCUUGUAGGUGUCUGCUCACUGAAGUACUGAUCAUGAUGGUAGAGGGAAACUAUUGGAUGUUCCCCACAUAAGCCUCCUAGCAUGAAAUCCUUUUAUAUGUAGAAAUCAUCUUCAGGGUUAAUGGUUAUUAUUUUCCACCAUUUAUCAAAUAGCAAAUUCCAUUAUUUUAUAACACAGUUUAUUUAUAUCUGCUGAUGCAUCAGCAAACGUAGAACUUCAUAUCCAUGUAUUAAAUUAGAUGCUUUGAUCAAUACUCGUUAUACUUCUGUAGAAUUGAAAAAUGGCGCAGUUCUGUUUGA